UCACUUUUAUGAAGAGGUUUGAAUUUGUGCCAUCGAUGUCCGUAGAGUGGAACGGUAUGGACUGAUCCAUGGCUGUCGAGUUCCCGCUGAAAUAGCCCUUCUGUAUUGCUCUGCUCCGAGUGAAAUUGCCUUUCACCUUACUGGUUACACUCCCACCGCCUCCCGCUCUGCAAAAAAUGGACUCCUACACUUCCCUGCUCGAAAGAACUCGGGUACCACAACCAUCGAUUCAAAAGUUCGCCGUAAUUUCAGUCUUCACGAAGCUCCGGUCCGCCCCAGCUCACCUGGGGGCCGACUCGGAACCCGGUAGAGACGCCAUUUCUCAGUGUCUCCACUCUGUAAUUCCUGCUGUUGUUGAUCAGUCGGUCCGCGAGCUCUGCCGUCUUGUCUCUGACUCUAAGUUGGACAUCUCCCGUGGGUUACUGGAGCUCCAGUCCGCGCUCGAAGGAGCCGAUCCUAAAUUCGUCGGGCUAUUCGUGAAAGGGCUGGGGUUUCUCGUUCGGGUUGUGUUCGAGAGGAGCAAGGGAACAUGGGGGAUUAGUUCUGCGGAAAAUCACCCAUUUGUUAAGGUUCUUUCUUGUGGAACAGAAGUGCAGCCCGAACUUGUGCAGCAAGUUUUGCUAUUUAUGGUGUCCAACAAGCAAUUAGGAAUGGUAAAAGUUUGCGAAUUCUUGAGACCCUUCUUGAAUUAUUUGAUUCUCCGUGUACCAUUCUCGGGUUCGUCGUCCUCUUUGUUCACUAGGGAGUUGAUAUCGUCAAUGGCGUCGUUUUGUUGUUCGUUUCCUUUUGAAGCAAUGCCAGUUCUCAAACUGCUCAUAAAUUUGGCUAAAAUUUUCCCGCACAAUGACUCAGAGGCAUGCAGUCAUCUCAAAUUUUUUCUGGAAUGUAUAGUAGUUACAUAUACAGUCGUUUUGAAACGGUUGGCUGAAGCAGGAUUGGUACUUAAUGAGACUCAACUGUGUGGGGUGGAACUUUUAGAGACUAUUCUUGCGCUAUUUGUAGGUCUUCACAAACAAGAUGGUGGAAGUGUGGCAAUUUUGGAACUAGUAAAGCGCUUGCUGGUCGUUCAGAAAGAUAUUGAAUUGAGAUUUACGCCUGAAUUAUCAUCAACAACACUAUCUUUAUUUGUUAUCUUGAUUAAGUCUGAGUUUGAACACGAACAACUCUCUUUAUUGAAGCUCCUCCUCUUCCUUCUAAACUGGAAAAGUGAAGAACAUGCAGUUGGUCUAACCAAAAGUGCUUUCUGUGAGGAGCUUUUAUUCAUAUUUCCUGUCAUCAACCUUAUGUCCUCUCCGUCUAAAUCUGUCAAAGGAGUGGCUACUGACUUGCUUGCAAUGAUAGAAAAACUUCUAGUAAAAUUUCUGACUUCACCUGUGCAUGAAGUUUCAACAGAAGUGAGAAGUCGAUCUAUUGGCUCACCUGGGUCUAUUGCAUUUAGGCUUUUGCAAUGCCUAUGGUUUCAGGAUCAACAUUCGUUGUACAGUUCCUUCUUUUUUCAUUUUGCUUCCUCUGGUAAAAGUGGAACCCAAGUACCCAAUGUACCAUCCUCUUGGACUUCUCAAAUAAAAGAGUACUCUUUAUGGAUCGCUGACAGAAGAAAAUCUUCUAUUCCCAUCUCGCAGUCUCAAGAAAAUUUCCGGACUGAAAUGCCCUUGUUCUUGAGUGCAGUUAAUAGUGUUUUGGUGAUGCAUCAGUCAUGGGGAACCACUGCGCUAGAUUCACUGGCUUCGCUUGGCCUAUUGGACCCUAAAUUGGGAGUUUCAUUGUUGUUGACUUUCCUAUUUUACAAUAAGAUUUUCAUUCGAAAAGAGAUUAACAACAACUUUAUGUUGCCAAAACUUUUGGGAAUGCUUCCAUCACUUGCUUCACAUUUUGUGAUGAUUCCUCUAAUUGUUCAGACUAUCUUGCCAAUGCUUCACAAGGAUACAAAACCAGUUUUAUAUGCUACAGCCAUUCGUUUGCUUUGUCAGACUUGGGCAGUUAAUGACCGUGCCUUUGGGAGUCUGCAGGCAGUAUUGCUUCCUAAAGGACCCAUUGACUCUGUGAAUGAGAGAACUAUUAUUAUAAGUAUGGCUGCUUCCAUUCGGGAUGUUUGCAAAAAAAACCCUGAUAGGGGUGUGGACCUUAUCUUGCCUGUUGAGACUUGCAUUGAGAGCAAAGAUCCUGUAGUUCAAUCUCUGGGCAUUCAAGGUCUUGCACACCUUUGUGAAGCUGAUGUAAUUGAUUUUUAUACGGCCUGGGAUGUCAUUGCAAAGCAUGUGCUAGACUAUUCCACUGAACCAAGACUUGCAUAUAGCCUAUGCUUUCUCCUGAGAUGGGGUGCAAUGGAUGCUGAAGUAUAUCCAGAGGUGUCAAAAAAAGUUCUACACAUUUUAUGGGGUGUUGGUUCUGCCGCACACCUUGAUUACACACUGCAAUGGGAGCAAGCAAGGGCCUCAGCUUUUGAGGCUUUAUGUCAAUAUGAGGUACCACAUAUUGACAUGGGAAUUCCAGAUGUGAAAGAGAGGAUCACUGAAUUAAUUUUCUCAGAGAAAAAUCCUCAUGUACUUGGGGCGAUGGAGGGGUUUCUUGUCAAGAUUGCAACACAUGAGCAUAUAAAUAGGCGAAGGUUUGUGAAGGAGAAGAGAGUACCUGGAAGUAAGAUUGAGAAGUUGCUUGAUGUACUACCUCAAGUUCUGUUCUCUUCAGGGAAAGAUAUUAACGCAGCAUCGCUACCUGGAGCAGCUCUAUUAUGCCUUUCCUUUACUCCUAAAUAUUUGACCAAGCAAGGGGUGUCAAGAGGAUUAGGAGAUGUGCAUUCUGAGUAUGAGAAUGCCCUGGUAGAAAUUGCCGCUUCUCUUCAGUUAUCAAGAAAUAUCUUUGUUGCACUUCUUUCUUUACAAUCAUGGAAGAGUUUCAUGCGGCGUUGGAUGAGGGCUAAUACACUAUCUCUUGAUGCCAAAGUUACACCAAUUACGUUGGAUAAAACUUCAAGGGCUGCUAAUGAUAUCAUGAAGCGUAUAAUACGAUUAGCUGAAGCAUGUAUCCCUAGAUCUGCUGAGAAUAUGGCACUGGCCAUUGGUGCGUUAUGUGCGAUCUUACCUCCAUCUUCUCAUGCAAUAAAAUCAACUGCUUCUAAGUUUCUGUUGAAUUGGUUGUUCCAAUAUGAACAUGAGCAUCGCCAAUGGUCAGCCGCACUUUCUCUUGGAUUAAUCUCAAGUUGCCUACACGUGACUGAUCAUAAACAGAAGUUUCAGAAUAUUAAUGGACUUCUUGAGGUUUUGUGUGGCAGCAAAAGCACUCUUGUGAAGGGAGCCUGUGGAGUUGGCUUGGGUUUUUCAUGUCAAGAUCUUCUCACUGGGGUUGAAGCCGCUGACAAGUCUGAUUUGGACAAAGAAACCUACAAGAUGCAGGCAGUAGCGACACUAGGAAAUGUUGUUAGAACUUUUCUUCUGAUGAUGAGUCAACUCAGUCAGGCAUCACAUGAUAUUUUAGAUGAUCUCUCUAUAUAUUUUCCUCGGAGCUCUCAUGAUAUAGAUAGUACUGUGACUCCUGAGUUGUUCAAUGAAUUCAAUGAUGAAGACUUGGAGGAGGAUAUUUGGGGUGCUGCUGGACUUAUUCUUGGCUUGGGAAGCUCUAUUGGAGCAUUAUACAGAGCCGGUGCAGUUAAUGCUGUGCUCAAAAUAAAGGACUUGGUCAUUUCAUGGAUUCCUCCUGUGGAUUCUGUGGUUAAAAUUUAUGGUUCUUGCAGUAAAGGAUCUGAGAAAGUUCUUGCAGUUGGAUCCUGUCUUGCACUUCCAACUGUAGUUUCUUUCUGCCAGAGAGUAGAACUGUUGAAUGAUAAUGAAAUAGAUCAUCUGUUGAAUCGAUACCAGGAACUUAUAUCUGGUCUGAUGUCUGUUAAUGAGUACAGCACCUUCCAUCAGAGCUUGUUGAUGACAUCAUGCAUUGGCGGAGGAAAUUUCCUUGCCUGCAUUUUGAAUGAAGGUGUGCACUUCAUCGCGGCUGAACAAGUAAGAGAUCUAUUAGAACUGUUUAGGAAGUGUUAUUCUAGUGCUCACCCUCCUCUUGUCCAUCUGGGUGGGAUGCUCGGAGUUAUUAAUGCUCUGGGAGCAGGUGCUGGAAUUUUCACUUACGGCCAACAUUCCUCUCCCUCACUGAAGACUGGUUAUGAACAAAAAAAGAAAUCUUCUUAUGUGGUGGGCCCUUUACUUUCAAGCCCUUUUUUGGAGUCAUAUUUGACGGAAUUGAUGCAAGAGAUAUUUCUUGUUGCACAAAAUCCCAAUGAUGUUCAAUUGCGACAAUAUGCAGCUUGGGCAGUUUCAUUACUUCGAUAUCAUUUGCAGUCCAAGGAAGUCAUAAAUGCCAAUGAUGAUGAGGGGAUUCAGACUGAUGUUUCUGGUUCGAAGAUGAUUUCUCAUGGAUUUUCUGAGGACAGUGUAGUUAUGAAGCUCUGUCUAUGGCUAAUGAAUCUGAAUUUUUCUGAGGCAAAUGCAGUUGCACUCAUGGACACAGUAUUUGCUGUUCUGAGGUGCCUUUCACAAGCUCCCAGAUUGCCGACGAUGGAAUGGGGCUCAAUCAUCAGACGCUGCAUGAAAUAUGAGGCUCAAAUUAUCAUGUUGCUGCCAGCAGAUUCCAUUAAGCAAGGAGUCAUCAGAGAGGAAUGUCUAAAAUUCUCGAUAGCUCAUGCAAAUCAAUUCGAUUCACUUCUAAAUUUCCUCGAUGAGCUAUCUGAUCUAUCUAGAUUCAAGACACUCCAGCCGAAUCUACAGUCAUGUUUACUUUUUCAUUUGGCUGCCCUGACAAAAAUGUUCUCGGAUUCCAGGCUAGAGAAAUUGUUUGUUGAUGUUGCCAGCUACUUUGCUUCAGACGGUUCAUAUGAAAUCCAUGACCUUGAUAAGAAAAUGAUGUUACGACUGUCAUGCUGGAGGGGUCUCCGUCAAUGCCUGGAUGAAGCUUCCCUUGACUCUUUAUCCUACAUAUCAAAUAUUGAAAAAUGCAUGCAGGUGCUCUUUUCUUCAUUACCUGCACCGCAGUCCCCUGGUCUAAUAGUUGUGGAUAAGGUGAAAUCUUCAGAGGAAUGGUUUGAAGCGAUCAGAUGCUUAGCAAAGGCUCGACAUAGUUGGUUAUCGGAUUUCCUGCAGGUUUCACACGUGGAUUUAGAAGGACGAGAGGGCCCAAGUGCUGAAGUCCUAAAAAUGAUUCAAGCUAAAGCCAAACUUGUUGGGAUAGGUUCUCUUCCGUUGACUGAGCUUGGGAAGCUAAAAGCGUAUAUAUUGAACUCAAAACCACAUGGUAUGUGGGACGUGCUUGUUGAAAUUGUAGCAGCUUUGCAACUUGCAGAAGGAAGUGUAAAAAGGCAGUGGCUUGUUGAUGUGGUGGAGAUUAGCUGUGUAUCAAGUUAUCCUACUACAGCACUUUGGUUUCUUGGCCUGUUGGCUGGUAGUUGUUGCAGAUACAUGCCUCUUCUGAUUCUGGACCAGGACUCUGUAUUAAGUGAUCUUCCAGUCACCCUCACUUCCCUUCUUAGAGAACCCAGUUGGGAGGUUAUUGCAGAUGCUGUUGUUUCCUCUCUCUUAACAUCAACAGAGCGCGUUUACAGCUGGUCAAGGAAGGUAGCAUUGGGUGAUGAUACACCUAAUUCACAACCAAUUGACGAAAGUGAAAAUGAUAUGACAGCUUUCCUAUUACAAGUGAUGCAUCAUGUCUGUCUCUCUUUGAAAGACCAUUUGCCUUUAGAAAAGCAGCUUUGGCUUGCCAAUAUUUCGGCCGAGGUAUGACUAUAUGAGAAUUUAUAUGGUCUGUGUGUCCACUCGUAACGUUAUGGCUUGCUAGCAUCCCGUUUCAUAGAGCUCUCGACUUUCAGUUUGCACACCUAUCCCCUGAAUGUAUAUAUUGGAUGGGGAUAAGAACUAAGAAGGAAAACUAGUUUCUUUUUCUGAAUGACAAUAGAUUUUUCAUUAAAGCACCCAGGCGGCCCGAAACAUAACUUACAGGGGGAUUAAGCAUAAGCCCAAAGAAAGCUGGAAAAUGUGAAGAAGGGCAGUGAUUAAUACAAUUCAACCGCUUGUCAACAACUGCAUCUACUGAUAAUUCGUUGCACUUGUUCUGGUAUUCAGUGCAAUUGUUGAUUCUUAAACUGAAGAAGGAGAAGAUAUUUUGUCUAACAAUUCUAUUGAGCCGGUAUCUACUAAAGCUAAACCAUAGUUUGGUUACCCUUUCUCUGGGAUUAGUUUGUUUUAUUUGGUUGUCCUGUAUAACUGGAAUGCUUUAUAGAAUAACACUAGAACCAUUAUGUUUGUAAAUAGAAUUUCUGGAUGACUCUGUUUCUUUGUUUUUCUAGGAGUGGCAAAAAUUCGAUUCCGGAUUAGAUAAGAAUACGUGUUUAUGAAAUA